AUGGGUUUCUUUAAGAAAUUGUUUUCUAGACAUAAGAAAACUGAUGCAUCUAAUCAACCGCAACCAAAUGGUGGACAACAUCCUCCACAACAACAACCACCACAACCAGAGCAACAUGCUCCUCCACCACAACAACAACAACAACCUCCACCUGCUUCCGAACCAAGUCACCCAGUGGAAUCAAAUCCACCAGCUCCACAAGAACCAGCUCCAACUACUACGACUACUACAACAACUACAACAUCGACCUCAAGUACUUUAACAAUUAGAGAGAAAUUGGAGGAUAUAAUGAAAGCAGUUGGUGAAAAGAGAAUUUUGGAGGUAUUCGACAAGUAUUAUGCAAAUGAUAUUGUAAUGUAUGAGAAUGGAGAUGCAACCAAUCGUCAUGGUAGAGAAGAAAAUAGAGCAUCAGAGGUUGCCUUCACUGAGAAUGCCGUUGUUCAUGAAGCUACUGUCAAAAAAGUCAUUGUCGAUGGAAACUUGACAGCCUAUGAAAUGUAUUUAGACUUUACUUAUGCAGGAGAAAAUGUUAAGAAGAAUCAAUGGGCUUUCCAAGAGUGGAAUGAUCAAGGACUUAUUGUAAAAGAAGAAUUCCUUUAUAAAUAA